AUGUCGCUCGAUCCUCAAUCAUUACAAAAGUUGCUCGUGGAGAUGGACAACCAGCUCAAUAAGUCCAGAGCAGAGUUGAACAUGUGCAAUGUCCAGCUAGAGAGAGUCAACCACAACGUCAAAAUCAUCGACUCCACUACCAGCAAAUUGAGAAAACUCACCAACCCAGGAGACAAUGUCUGGCAAGGUGUUGGUAAGGCAUUCGUUGUGAGAGAUGUCGACUCGUAUGUGGACAAGAUUGGCAAGGACAAGAAGGAGUUCCUUGAGACCCAGGACUCCUUGAAGAAGAAGCAGAACUAUUUGGAGACUACGUUGGAGAAGACUGUUGACAACAUGGCCCAGAUCUCCGGGUUCAAGAAGUAA